AUGGCUGAAUCAAUCUGUUCCGGAGCUGCAGUCCCCGUUACUCGUCCCUCAAACCAAACUCAUCACUCCUCUCCUGCCUCUACCACCUCGGCUACAGCUCCUACCGCCUCUACCACGCCUCAGCCCUGGUUCCUGUGUCAAGAUCCGCAUUUCCUUCCAGCCUGGGCACGGAGUCACGUGAAAUACGCCCAGAACCUUCUGGAGUGCGACGACGAACCCAUCGAAUACGACCACGACGAGCUCGACUACAGGGAUAACUGCUUUUUUUUCCCCGAAGAUUGUGUCUACCGUCCUCCGCCGUCACAGCCGGAGAACCCUCUGUUCCUGAGGGAUUGGGUGAGUAACCCAGAUGGUACAGAGACAGACUUGGACCACGAGGAUAAUACCGACGACAUGGGCUCCGCGAUGCUGUCUAAUAUCAAGAUGCUGGAUACGUCAGCGCUGACGGAUCUGCUGGAAGAUAAUUUGUCUCCCCCUGAGAUUACUUCUAUAUUUAUAUUCGCCACUAAUGGAGCCGUGUUUGCGCAUGCCUCUUCUCUUACCCAGCGGCGAGUUAGGAGCCUCUGUGCAACAUAUGGGGCUGCAUACAAAUCUUACGCCGUGAGCCACUCAAACGGGAAUCUAACUGGUAUAAAUCCUGCGAACCACCCUUCAUCAUUCGUGACCACCCCGUCCGUCCCGCUCGGAGAUGUCGGCAGCAUUAUUUUCGAGCUGGAAGACCACGUCGCGGUGGUGACAAAAAUCGCAGAUAAAGUACUUCUCGCGGUCGUUGGACCAACCCGAAUCGACCGCAACACGACGUCAUCCUCUUCGAACAGUAGCAGCAGACGCGCCGCCUUGAUGAGUUCCGCCUCCAGCGACAUUGAACGAACCCUCAGACCCGUCGAUUCCUUCCCUACGGUCCACGACCAUCUCACUAGCUCAUCGCAAGAACAAGCCGGGAAGCUCGCAUCAUCGGCUCCAGCGCCAGGCGGCUCUCUCUCCAUCACCCAACUUUGCUCGCGUGCUGGGGAUUCCAGCAAGACCACGAACGAAGAUGCUGACAAAUCGCUCCGUGCGCAGUGGGAGAUUGACAGGACCAGUGACCUGAAAAGGCUGGCUAGUCUAAAUCUCAGCUCGCCGCCGACGAUUUUACUCGCGUUAGAAUCAAAGUCUGCCGCCCUGGGGAGAUUCUUGAGGAAUAAGCUGGCCGAUUUGGAGAGCCCAGAAGACUUUUAG